CGGGGAGGGGCCUCGUGGUACCAUAGAGGCGAGGGCACUACGGAGAGCGUAAAGGGGAAGCGGAAGUGCGUGCGGGUUGCGAUGAGGCGGCUGAGGUGGCAGCGGUGGGAGAGCGGUCGGGCGGGACCCACCGCUUUAGCCUGCGACCCCGGCACGGAGACACCGGCCACCGCCGGCCUGCAGGUGAGGGAGACUCGGCGCCACUGACUCGUGCUGCCCGAACGCCUCUCGCCGGAGAUGUCGUGCGGCCGCCCGGUUCCCGGGCGCUGGAGCGGCACCGUGAGCCCGCGCAGGCCGUAGUGGGCCUGCGACCGCCAUCGCCCGGAUCGAGUCGCUCCGCGGCUGGACGCCGCCAUGCGCCUGGCUGCGCUGCUGGCCGCGUUGCGGCCCGUGCUGCCGCUCGUCCUGGGCCUCUCCCUUGGCUGCAGCCUGAGCCUUCUGCGCGCUUCGUGGAGCCAGAGCGGUGGUGAGGACCAGUGCCUUGGGGGGGUCGGCCGUCCCGGGCCCCUCGCUGGCGGAGCCCUUCCGGAGGUUGCAGAUGGAAGGCUGGGUCCGGGCCAUGAGGACUUCAGGCCUAGGAUUGUUCCGUACUACAGAGACCCCAACAAGCCUUAUAAAAAAGUGCUCAGAACUCGCUACAUCCAGACAGAAUUGGGAUUCCAUGAAAGACUGUUUGUGGCUGUGCUGACAUCCAAGGCUACCCUGAAUACAUUGGCAGUGGCAGUGAACAAGACAGUAGCCCAUCACUUCUCUCGCCUGCUGUACUUCACAGGGUUGCGCAGUGCCAAGGUGCCUCAUGGCAUGGUGCUGGUGGCCCAUGGGGAUGAGCGUCCCAUUUGGCUCAUGUAUGAGACCAUGAACUAUAUCCAUCAGCAUUUUGGUUCUGACUAUGACUGGUUCUACAUCAUGCAGGAUGACACCUAUGCCCAGGCUGACCAGGUCAAGGCUCUGGUGACACACCUAAGUAUUAACCAAGAUGUCUACCUGGGCCGAGCAGAGGAGUUUAUCGGGGGGGAUGAGCAGGCCCGCUAUUGUCAUGGUGGCUUUGGCUACCUGAUCUCCCGCAGCCUGCUGCUUAAGCUUCGUCCGCACCUGGACAGCUGUCGCAAUGAGAUCCUUAGUGUGCGGCCAGAUGAGUGGCUGGGACGGUGCAUCAUUGAUUUCCUUGGCAUCACCUGUGUUUCCCAGCUCCAGGGCCAGAAUUAUCACACCUAUGAACUGGCCAAAAAUACUGAGCCAGAGAAGGAGGAAGAAGAGGAGUUCCAAACAGCUCUUGCUGUGCACCCUGUUUCUGACAUGACCUUGAUGUACAGGCUGCACAAGCACUUCAGCAGGAUCCAGCUUGACAGAGCCUACCAGGAGAUCCAGGACCUCCAGAUGCAGAUCAGGAACCUGACAUCAUUGACCCCUGCAGGUGAGGUGGGCUUGACUUGGCCUGUGGGCAUUAAUGCUCCAUUUCUUCCAAAGUCACGUUUUGAGGUAAUCAGCUGGGACUACUUCACUGAACAGCACCUCUUCUCCUGUCCUGAUGGCUCCCCCAAGUGUGAGCUCUUGGGAGCCAGCAAAGCAGAUGUUAGUGAAAUCAUCGAGUCUGCACUUGAACAACUUAACAGUCGCUACCAGCCUCUGCUCCGCUUCAGCAAGCGGCAGUUGCUGAAUGGUUAUCGGCGUUUUGACCCUACACGGGGCAUGGAAUAUACUCUGGACCUACUGCUGGAGGCAGUAACCCAGAAGGGCCACAGUCAUGUUCUGGCCAAACGAGUUAGCUUGGUGCGACCGUUGAGUAAGGUGGAAAUAAUUCCCAUGCCAUAUGUGACAGAGGCCACACGAGUGCAACUGGUGCUUCCCUUGACAGUGCAGGACCUGGAUUUUGUGGCAAACUUCCUGGAUAUGUUUGCUAUGAACACACUGGACACACAUGAUAAUGCCUUGCUGACUUUGCUUUUCAUCUACCAUCCGUAUGAUGCCCAGCGUGUCAGUCAGGUGGAUGUUUUUGCUGGAGUCAAAGCCAUGGUAGGAGAGCUGGAGAAACGCUAUGCAGAAGUUAAAAUCCCCUGGAUUAGUGUUAAAACUGAGGUGCCAUCACAAGUGAAACUCAUGGAUAUAGUCUCAAAGAAGCACCCUGUGGAUACACUGUUCUUCUUGGCCAGUGUCUGGACAGAAAUCAACAUGGAGUUCCUGAACCGCUGCCGCAUGAAUACUAUCAGUAAUUGGCAGGUCUUUUUCCCAGUGCACUUCCAAGAGUUCAACCCUGCAUUGGUGUACCGUGGUGAGCAGACUGCUUCCUCCACCACUGACUUCCUGAGGGAUGGACAUUUUGACAGACAUUCCUUUGUCGAGGCCUGUUUUUAUAAUUCUGACUACAUGACAGCACGUACAAAGCUAGCAGCUGAUAUCUUAGACCGAGAUGAGGUGCUGGAAAGCAUGGAGGUGUUUGAUGUCUUCCUACACUAUUCUGGUCUGCACCUAUUCAGGGCUGUGGAGCCAGGGUUAGUGCAGAAAUACGCACUGAGGAGCUGCAAUCCCCGGCUUAAUGAGGAGCUAUACCACCGCUGUGUGCUUAGUAACUUGGAAGGACUUGCAUCCCGCUCACAUUUAGCCAUGGCCCUCUUCGAGCAGGAGCAGGCCAACAGCACUUGAGAGGCUAGAAACAUCAAGAACUUCUCAGCACCUUAACACUUGGCACUUUCUAUUCCCUUCCCAGCCUUGCCAUGGGUGAAGGGCAUGUGAUGUCCAGGGAGGAGAAGGAGGAGGACUUUCCCAGCCCUUCUCUGAGACACAGGCCUGGGCUGCAGAGAGAGGCUGUUUCCCUGGGGGUUUUGUGUUGUUUUUUUGUUGUUUUGUUUUUUUUCCUGGGUUUGGAAUAAAUAAGUUUCUUUCCA